AUGUUACUGACAUCGAGAUAUAUUCAUGGAAAAACGACGAUUCGUCAUUUAACCUUAUGGCACAAGAAUAUAAUUGAGAUUCGUCGAUCGGCUUCACUUUCCAAUACAUUCUCUACGUUCCAUGUGCCAUUGACUUCUCCGCCAUUACAAAUUAAUCGUACAAGUCAUCAUGAAAUACAUACGUCUGCCGCAUCAUCAGCAAUUUGGGCGUCUCCUUUGAAUAAUUAUCAAAGAAAAUCUGUGAAUACAAUACGAUCUCGUUCGUUAUCAACGGAAACGACGUGGAAUGAAUCGUCCUUACCCGAAAAAAUCAAGUCAUUAGAUGAAUACAAAGUCUUGUACGAUUUUUCGAUCAAAGAUCCUAACCGAUUCUGGAAAAUGGCUGCUGAACGCCUAGACUGGUACCGUUUUCCAACGAAAAUCAAAAAUACCGAAUUUGAUUAUCGUUGCGAACGCGGAGUCGACAUCAAAUGGUACGAGGAUGGAAUACUAAAUGCGUGUUACAAUUGUGUUGAUCGUCACAUCGAACACGACCACAGCACCGCGCAACAGGUCGCUCUCAUAUUCGAACCAGACACACCUACAGAAUCUCGACAUCAUGUCACCUAUGGCGAACUUCUACGCGACGUGAAAAAGUUCGCUAAUGUUCUGAAGAAGCAUGGAGUUAAAAAAGGUGACCGUGUGACUGUUUACAUGCCGAUGGUGGUCGAAACAUGUAUAGCUUUACUUGCAUGUGCACGCAUCGGUGCUAUUCAUUCUGUUGUGUUCGGAGGUUUCAGUGCGAAUAAUGUUGCUGAACGUGUUUCGGAUUGUGAUUCGAAAAUUAUCAUCACAAGUGACUUUGGCGUUCGAGGAGGGAAAUGUUCACCAUUGAAGGCUAAAAUUGAUCAAGCCUUAAAAAUGAAACAAUGUAGUGCGGUUAACACUGUCCUAGUUUUUCAAAGAAAUCACGGCAUGCCGGAAAUGAAAGAUGAUUGCGCAGAUCUACGUUCGUCACUUGAAUGGAAAGACGGAAGAGACUUUUGGGUACAUGAAGAAAUGGAAAAAGUCAAUGAAAUCUGUGAACCAGAAAGAAUGAAUGCUGAAGAUCCAUUGUUCAUCCUUUAUACAAGCGGCUCAACGGGAAAACCUAAAGGUAUUGUUCACACAACUGGUGGUUAUCUAACCUACACCAAUUUAACAUUCAAAUACGUAUUUGACUAUAAUCCGGGUGAUGUUUAUAUGUGUACAGCAGAUGUUGGUUGGAUUACAGGACACUCAUAUGCUAUCUACGGUCCAAUGUCAAAUCGAGCCACAACGGUUAUUUUCGAAGGCGUACCUACAUAUCCUGACGUGUCACGUUAUUGGAAUAUAAUCGAUAAACACCAAGUCAAUAUUUUCUAUACAGCACCUACAGCAAUUCGAUCUUUGAUGGCACAUGAUGAUAAAUAUGUUACUCAUACUAGUCGACAGUCAUUGAAAGUUCUUGGUUCAGUUGGUGAACCGAUCAAUCCUGAAGCAUGGGAAUGGUAUCACACUGUCGUUGGUGAAAAACGUUGCCCGAUUAUCGAUUCAUGGUGGCAGACAGAAACAGGUGGUAUGAUGAUAACACCUAUCGCCCAUGCGUGGGAAUUAGAACCUGGUGUAGCCACUCUUCCAUUUUUCGGUGUUCAAACAAAGUUGUUCGAUAAAGCUACGAAAAAACCAUUAAAUCCGCCUAACUCAGGCGAGCUAUGCAUAUCUGAUUCAUGGCCAGGUCAAGCACGUACACUCUACGGCGCUCAUGAACGUUUUGUCGAUGUUUACUUCAAACAAUAUCCAAACUACUAUUUUACUGGUGAUGGAUGUGAAAUAAAAGAAAACGGUUAUCAUCAUAUAACUGGUCGAGUGGAUGAUGUUCUCGUCAUUUCUGGUCAUAAUAUUGGUACAGCUGAAGUCGAAGCCGCCCUUGAUCACCAUGAUCAUGUAUCAGAGUCAGCUGUCGUCGGAUAUCCUGAUCCAAAGAAGAAUCAGGGAAUGUACUGUUUUGUAACAUUAAAAGACGAUGUGGAAGAGACGGAAGAACUUCGAAAACAACUAAUCAAACUCGUACGAGAUAUGAUUGGCGCACAUGUCACUCCGGAUUUUAUACAUUUCGCGCCUAACUUACCAAAGACGCGCAGUGGAAAGAUCAUGCGACGUAUUUUACGAAAAAUAGUCGAACCAGACAUUAGCAAUCUUGGUGAUACAUCAACGUUAACUGAUCCCAGUGUUGUAGAUGAUCUAAUUAAAAAAUGUCCACGAACAAAGCGUGCAUAA